UUCACAUGGCCUGCCUGCAUCCUUUGUCGUCGACAUCUACAACUACCCUGGUCGCCCCCAACACCAGCUGGAACAUCGGAUAAUGGCCCUUAUUAUUUCUCGUUCAACUCCGAAUCACGGACUGUCUAUAUUCUAGCUUUUGAUCCCCCAUGGCUUCCCAUAAGUGACGUUUCCACCAGCCCGGCGCGGGGGCUCGACGGCCUCCUCGCCUCCAGACUCCGGGACCAGAUACAAGAGAAACGCAUGCAGCAUAGACAGAACAAGCAAAUAAGCGACGUAUGGAACAUCUGGGCUGACCAGGGGCGUGCAUCCAGGCCGAUCAACCAGCCGCCGUCCAGAGCUCCAACACAGCAGGAGUGUUCGAGACUGCGGCCAGGAUCCGCAGGCAACCCAGCCGCGAAUGUAGGAAAUCGGGCAGUUGAAAAGCACCGUGCUACCUUUUUCACAGGCAAAAAGAAAUUGAUAGACAUGAGACACGAAAGAAACCGAAGCACACUGACACAGAACAGAGGAACAGGUAACGCAGGAGACAACGACGAGAUAGAACACACAACACCUCUCAUCCCAGACCGACCGCGUAUGCCCGGCCGGACACACAACAGCUACUUACAGGAUCGACUGGGAGACAACAUGCGGAUAGGAAACGGCCGUGACGGUUAUGCAAACAGAUCCUCCGUGCAGCUCGGAUUGUCAGAAAAAGAGAACAUGCAAAUCGGAACGAAGAGUCAACGGAUACCUUCCCCGCAAAAUCUUUUAGAGACUCAUGAAAAUAAGAGCCCAGGGACAACAAAAACAAAGCACAUGCCCAAGUCUAUGAUUGGACGCCGGAUAAAAACCACACACACCAUCCCGUCGGCCCACUCAUAAUGGAUGGAGAGAAAACAAAACAGAUCCAGAACCACCGCAAAUCUGCACUCGCCGUAGAAAAUGCUGACAAGAGUUUUUCAAAUAAAGCAUGGAUGACCAGAUACCCCAGUAGGAGAGAAUAAAACGUUUUCAUAAACAAUGAGAAAUCCGGAUGCUGUGAUCUAGACCAACGCUGGAGGCGCGCUGCGCGGAGUCGGUGGCCGUAACGAGCUUUUUUCUAUAAAAUUCCUUUUUUUUUUGAGUUCCUUUCUUUUAGGGAACAUCUCCUCGAAAAUCCCAGUGGCUUGCCAGACU